AUGUCCCUUACCAAGUACACCUCGACCGAGACGCUCCCCGCGUACUCGCCCGCUGCCGAGCCCAUCUCCCCCGUGGAGGAGAAGGCCGCGCUCGCGUCCCACAUCGUGGCGCUGCCGCACGAGCUCGACCCGGCGUCCGUCUGCGCGGCCUACGGCCACGACUCGCGCCCGAACCUCAAGACUGCGCUCGCCCUCACCGUCCCUUCCCCUUCAGCGUCGCCUACGUCCUCGCGAACCGCACCGUCCCGUGCAACCGGUGCGGCGUGCCCGUGCGCCGCUCUUGCUGCUGCCACGUGCCCCCGCCGCCGGCACGCCGCUCAAGAAGACUGUCUCGGCCGGUUCCUCGUCUACGGCGCACAGCGCUUGAUGCCGCCCCUUACCGGCUCGCCACGCAACGCCUAA